CAAGUAAAUAGCGUACAACGUGCAUUGCGCGCCUCAGUUACAACUCAGUGAGACACGAAUAUCGUAAUCCUACCGAAUCGUGGCUAUUUUCUAUCCAUUUGUGCUGCGUCAAGUAUAUAAUUAUAGUUGCGUAUGCGGAAGUUAGUUUCGUGUUCAAUUAAACCCGCCCAUUUUUCUCGUCUCGGUCAAGAAUUUUAUAAAACGAUUAACGCAAACACAAACGAGUAGCCGACGAGCUGAUAUACUCCGUAAUAUUCGAUUGCUAUCAUCUGUAUUUUUCGAAUUGCACUCCACAAAAUUUCGUGAUAAAGAGAGCAAAUCACAAUCCAGGGUAUACACUCAACUAUCAAGAGUUUGAAUCGUGAAUGGUAACAGUACUUAGAAGCAGAACAAGUAUUCACAGUACUCAGUUAUGGCGUUGGAGAACCCGGAUUGGCUUGACGCGUCUUACGUGCAAAAAGUUUUGCGAAAUCAUGAAAGAGACGAAUCCAUCGAGGUUUUCGAAAUCUCAGUGAAACCAGCGACGGCUAAAGGGGAUAAUUAUACCAGCGAUAUGCAUCGUGUCUGUGUAGAAUUUUCCCGAGAUCAGAAUGGUCGUCGAAUUCAGGAAAUGCGUUCCAUCAUAGUGAAAGUCGCCCCUCAGGACAGUCGAAAAGAAUGGAUGAUAAAUAUGGGAAUUUUCGACAUCGAAUUGUCUAUGAUGUCGGUUACGCUGCCCAAGAUGCAGGAAAUGCUCGGAACAUUUUCCAAGGAAACUCUGGGUGCACGGUGUUUGUAUCAUCAGAUUGAGAAACCAACUCACAUAAUCAUCGAGGACCUGGCUCCAAAUGGAUUUAAAAUGGCUCAACACCAAUUAGGCCUGGACCUAAACCACUCUGUACUCGCUAUUCGAAAUCUCGCUAGAUUUCAUGCUUCUUCGAUUGCGCUCAGAGAAAAGGAUCUGAAGGUAUUUGACAAGUACAAGAAGGGAAUGUUUCACAAGGAUCGACCAAUCGAGAUGAAGAUUCUCACCAAUGGAAACAUAAAAUCCCUUGCAAAAGAGACAACGAGUUGGCCUGAGCUAAAUCCACGAAUUCCAGAAAAACUUCGUAAGCUAUCGGAUGUUACGUAUGAGAAGGCAUGCGAGGUGGCUCUCUAUCGUGAGGAUGAUUUUAAUGUUCUCAAUCACGGCGAUAUGUGGGUGAAAAACAUGAUGUUUCGUUAUGAUGAACAACAGAAGCCGAUAGAGCAGAUAUUUGUGGAUUUCCAAUUAUGUCAUUGGGGCUCACCGGCGGAAGACCUUCACUUUUUUGGCGCAAGUUUAUCCGACAAUGUCCGAGUUCAGCAUCGCGAUUUACUUAUACGCGAAUAUCACACUACCUUAACCACCACAAUGUCCAAACUAAGGUGCAAGACGGCAGUACUCAGCUUCGAUAACCUACAAGCAGUAUUGGAAAAACGAGUUUUUUUCGAACUGAUUGCCAGUACUACAGUAUUAGCAGAUGUUGUUCUCGAAGAAGGGGGAGAGUUAAAUUUAGAAGAAAUGAUAGAAGCUGGUGAAGAAUUUGAUAACCCACGUUAUCGUGGUAAGACGUACAGGAAAAUCAUGACUAGAAUUUUACCGUUGUACGAUAGUAUGGGGAUAUUGGACGUUUAAGGGUUCGCAGCGAUUAUCGGGAACUCCUGUGUACCUUGAAUAAAAGCUUUAAUUAAGAUAAGACGAAUCAAUCCUACUGAUUCCAUGACGAGUCGGCACACAUUGCAUACAUCGAACCGCACGCUAGAUAAUAAAAUGCAACUAAACACAAAUCAAACAUGUAAAAAAAAAUGUCAAUCGUAGCUAUGAUAACUGAUUUCGAUCAAUAUGAAUGAUUUAGAAAUGGAAGGAUGAGGGUAAGAAUAAGAUAUGGUAGAGAUUUGAUUUCUCUAACCUCUGGCCUUGGGCUGGACUAUUUGUAUGAGCUUGGAAAAUUAAUUCCAGGCAUUAUAGUUAGUAUAGCUCAGAUCGAAUUCAAGUCGUGCAAAGAUUAACUCAGAUACGCAUGUAUUAUUACAGGCAUUCGUAUAAUUUUGGAUUACUGAAUUAAUAAUUUUUUCGUAAGAAGCUGAUCACGCAACCACGUCUAUCACACGCACAAUAAUUACUGGAUGCUGGCAUACCUAAAUAUAUCACGGUACAAUUACAUCACAGUACUGAAAAUCAGCGAAACUCACUACAAUGCCAACCCAAAUGUGUGUGUAAAAAACUGUAGGUGGAUUUUACAAAACGGUUUAAUCGCUAACAUGAAACGAAUUGGAAAAAGUCCCAUUCCAUUUCCUGUACCUAACGUGUGAGCCGUAAAUUCGUAUUUCUACAUUCGUGAAAUAUUAUGUGUUCCUAAUUAUGUGUGUUGAAUAAAUAUUUUUUGCAAUUC